GUUCUACAUUGAAAGCAUUUCCUUUCUCAAGGACAAAACUACCGUGGAGCUGUUCUUCCUGAAUGCCAAGUCCUGUGUUCACCAGGGGCAGAUUGAAGUGGAAAGCGAGACCGUCUUCAAGUUGGCAGCGCUGGUGUUGCAGGAAGCUAAAGGAGACUAUUCCAGUGAUGAAAACACUAGAAAAGACUUGAAGACACUGCCUGUCUUUCCUACCAAGACACUGCAGGAGCAUCCGUCACUCGCUUACUGUGAGGACAGAGUAAUUGAGCAUUACGCACAAAUUAAAGGUCUGACCAGAGGACAAGCCAUUGUUCAGUACAUGAAAGUUGUGGAAGCUUUGCCAACAUAUGGAGUUCAUUACUAUGGAGUAAAGGAUAAACAAGGAAUCCCGUGGUGGCUUGGAAUUAGUUACAAAGGAAUAGGCCAGUACGACUUACAAGACAAAGUUAAGCCCAGAAAACUAUUUCAAUGGAAACAGCUGGAAAACCUCUAUUUCCGUGAAAAGAAGUUUGCUGUGGAAGUACAUGAUCCCCGCAGAAUUUCAGUGUCAAGAAGGACCUUUGGUCAGAGCGGGCUGGUAGUGCAAACCUGGUAUGCGAACACUUCCCUGAUCAAGUCCAUCUGGGUGAUGGCAAUCAGUCAACACCAGUUUUACUUGGACAGAAAGCAAAGCAAAGCAAAAAUUCCUUCAGCCAGAAGUUUGGAUGAUAUUGCCAUGGAUCUGACAGACAUGGGAACACCAAAAGUUUCAAAGCUAGUGACUUUGGAGGCAAAGAACCAGCUUAUUAUGGCCAGCAACGGCAGUUUGAUCUCAUCAGGCUCUCAGGAUUCAGAGGUCAGUGAAGAACAAAAGAAGGAGAAAAUCACGGAACUAAAGAAGAAAGAGAAACUCCUUCAGGAAAAACUGCUUCAGAAAGUUGAGGAGCUGAAGAAAAUCUGCCUGCGAGAGGCGGAGCUGACCGGCAAGAUGCCCAAGGAGUAUCCUCUGAGCGCUGGAGAGGAACCUCCCCAGGUCAGAAGACGUGUUGGCACAGCAUUCAAGCUGGAUGACAACCUGCUCCCGAGUGAAGAGGACCCUGCCUUACAGGACUUGGAGAGCAAUUUUAUCAUACAGCAAAAGCUGGUGGAAGCUGCAAAGAAACUUGCCAGUGAGCCAGACCUCUGCAAGAAUGUGAAGAAGAAAAGAAAGCAGGAGUAUGCUGAUGCUGUAAAAAAGCUGCAAGAGAUAGAAAAUUCCAUAAAUGAAUACAGAAUCAAGUGCGGCAAAAAACCAACCCAGAAAUCAACUCUUACUCUACCAGAUGAUAUAAUUCCAUCUGAGAGCAGCUCCCUGUCUGAUACCACCACCUAUGAUGAUGUCAGUGAAUCGCUUCCUGUGGCAGCACAGAGACCCAGCUCUGCGCAGCUUUCUCCGAGGCUUCCUCCACCAAAGUCCCUCGGGGUGGAAAGAAUUCAUCUCAGAAAGUCAUCCAUAAAUGAGCAGCUCUUGGAAACCAGACACUCCAGGGACCUGCUUUCGACUCACAGCAGCCCUUACCGAACCUUGGACCGGCCGCCCCAGCCCCAUGGGGGGAGAAGCAUGCCUACAACCCCCGUGCUCACACGCAACGCCUACAGUAGCAGCCACUUACAGCCAGAUGUUUCCCCACACCACUGCCGGCAGCGCAGCGGAAGUUUGGAAUCCCAAACCCACCUGCUGUCCGAGGCUCCUGCUGAGAAGGCAGCUUUCACCCUCUCGAAGUCCCAGCGAAGCAGCAGCACGGAGAUCCUCGAUGAUGGAUCAUCCUACACUAGCCAGUCAAGUGCAGAAUAUUACUGCGUGACACCUACUCCCAAACCAUAUUACACUACUCAGACACUCGAUAACAGGACCAGGGGUCGAAGACGGUCAAAGAAACAGAACAUUUCUGCUGCAAAUUCUGGAAGUAUGCCAAAUCUUGCCCAUAAGGAUGUCCGCAAUGGUGUCUACCACAAGAGUCAGGAGCAGCCUUCCUCAAGUUACUAUAUUUCUGGAUACUCCCCAUACACUGAAUCUGACGUUUAUUACAAUGGAGGAUAUGUUUAUGAGAGUGACACGGAGGGACAGUACAGUGUCAAUCCUUCCUAUCGCUCAUCGGCACAUUAUGGAUAUGACCGUUACAGGGAAUUCAGGUCUUACCACGAGGAUGAAGUGGACAGAGUACCGCACAACCCAUACGCAACCCUCAGGCUUCCAAGGAAGCAAGUUGCUAAAACGGAGCAUAUAACCAAAAACAUUCACAAGGCCUUAGUAGCAGAGCAUCUCCGUGGUUGGUACCAACGUGCCUCCAGUCAAAAGGAACAGGGUCAUAGCCUGCAGGCAGGCUUUGAGUCUGACAGAGGAUCUCAAAGGAGUUUGGGCUUUGCUGGUCUGCAGGUUCCAUGCUCUCCUAGCAGUCGGGUGUCAUCUUUCUCUUCAGGAUCUUCUGCAAACCCUGCUGGGAACUGGCGAAACCCACUUGCACUGGGACUUUCAGACUACGAUACGUUGUCUCAUUCCUCUUAUGCCAGCUGUUAUGGGAAUGUCUAUGGCAACCUUCCUUUGCAGAGCAGAGCGUAUGCAGAGCCGAGCCAGCUGGGUGGUGAUGAGGAGAGCCAGUUGGAAGAUGACUUGCACAGCAACGAGCAGACGUUAUUCUGGCAUGAGGAUUCAAAGCCUGGGACGCUCGUGUAGCCCGCCUGCAGCCCCGCACUCGUACCCUUGUGUGCCUUGCACAACACUCUGUGAC